AUGAGCAUCUCCAUACCGGGGGACUCGAUCCUCAACAUCACCCAAACCGCCAUCAACGUGUUCCUGCAGUCCAAGCGAGACGACGGCCUCAUCCAGGGCCUGACCUACUGGCAAGUCGCCAACGGCUACACCGCGAUCGCCCUGCACGACACCUGGACCAACAUGACGACCCACGCCGACACCCUCGACGAGCUGAUCGGCAAAGUGGCCACAACCCAACUCGACUGCAUCAACGACAUGAACGACGACUCGAUGUGGUGGGCCAUCUGUGCUUUCGACAUGUUCGACCUGACUCACCAGCCUAAAUACCUGGACAUGUCCAAGGCCAUAUGGGAGCACAUUAGCCACUACGUGAUCCCAGUGGGCAAAUACCACAUCAACAACUUCGACAUGGAGGGUGGGGUGAUGUGGUCCAACAGGACGGCCGAGACACAAGUCAACGCCAUCACCACGGCGCUGUACGCCGAACUGUCGGCCCGGUUAUCAAGACUAAGCAUCCAGACCGGCGAGCGCAAAAGCCACCGCAUGUACCUGUCUCCGGCGAUGACUUCCUUCUCGUGGAUCCUGCGCGCCCUGUUCGACCAGCAGGAGUACGUCGUCUCCGACCACAUCGACCUGCAAUCCCACCAGAUUUAUAAUUGGACAUUCAGCUACACGACGGGCCAAGCCAUCGCCGCGUCCCUCGCUAUCUACAACGCCUGCCAGGAUCUCGUCCACCCGCAGUCGCACCCCGCACCGUGCGAAUCGUACCUGAAUCUCGCAUCCAAAAUGGCAACCUCCGCCAUGACGCGCGACACGUGGGUCGACGAGGCCUCCACGCUCACCGAAGCCGAAGCAUACCCGGGCGUGGGUGGCCGCAGGAAGCAGGCCUACGAGAACGACGACGCCGUCGGCUUCAAGGCCAUCCUCUUACGCAGCCUCGCCAAGCUGUAUAGGGUCCUCCGCCUCCUCCGCCGCCGCGACGGGCUGGCUGGAGACAUAAACACAGACAUGCAGAACCGGCUCCGCGCGUUUAUCCACCACCAGUACCGAAGCUUGCGGGACAACGACACGAAUGGUAAAGGCCAGUAUGGACCGUGGUGGGCUGGUCCCUGGGAUCUGCCGACUAGUCACAGUCAGCUCGCUGCGCUGGAUGUCAUGGCUGCGAUUCAUGCGUGCGAAGAGUGA